AGUUUGCUCCAGCCCCUUGUAGCGGACGGACGGUUGCUCGGUGGCUGCUGGUAGCGCGCGCACACUGGCUUCCAGCAUCAUCAGGAAUUUGGGGAGUGGAAAUUCCGCUGUUACUUUCAGGGCUCGCCUCGUAUUUCUGACAUUGCUGUGACGGUCAGUCAAACGCUGCGAACAGAGCGAGAGAGAGAGAUAGAGAGAGAGGCGGAGAAAGAGAGAGCUGGACUGAAAUACGGAGGAAAGAUCUGGAGAGCAGCGCUCCGAUGAUCCUCGGCGUUGGUUUUCACUGAAUUCUGGUUUCUCUUCUUUAAAUUUGCCACUUGGAAGUACGUGUUUCGCUUCUGUUGGCGAGGUUUGAAGAAAAAGAGAAAAGAAUCGCAGGGCUCAUAGCUGCCACUUUUGACGGAUUUUCCCUUUUUCAUUCUUAUUUUCCACAUUUGGAUUAUUCAUUUUUGUUUCCAGGAGAUGGCAAGUUGUUGCCUAACAGACGCGGGGAUCUGCUGCUGAAGCUCGCAGGAUGCUGGGGACCUUACAACAACCAGAUCUCCUACUUUGAGACAGAUUUCUGAUCAUUUUUCUUAAAAUCAUCUCUUUUGGACGUAACCUCCUCCUGGACGUUUUUAUCUAUCUUCUGUUUUUACAGAAUGUCUGUGUUGUACAGUCUGAGGAUGCUUUGUGGAUUGCUAUUGUUCCUUUUCGCUCAAGUCAUCUCGGUUGCUUCGUUGACUCAGACUGAUAAAUGCGGGGGGAACAUAGAGAUCCACACCGCGGACUACCUGACCUCCCCGGGCUAUCCCGGCGCCUACCCGCCCUCCCAGCAGUGCGUGUGGGUGAUCACAGCCCCCGAGCCCGGUCAGAAGAUCCUCAUCAACUUCAAUCCGCAUUUUGAUCUGGAGGACAGAGACUGCAAGUAUGACUAUGUCGAGGUGUACAACGGCGGGGAUGAGCAAUCACCCAUGUUGGGAAAGUUCUGCGGGAAGAUCGCACCGUCUCCAAUUAUCUCAAGCGGCAGCCAGCUCCUCAUCAAGUUUGUCUCAGACUACGAGACACACGGGGCGGGAUUCUCGGUUCGCUACGAGGUCUUCAAGACAGGUCCAGAAUGUUCCAGGAACUUUACGGCUCCCCGCGGCGUCAUCAAGACCCCGGGCUUCCCCGAGAAGUAUCCCAACAACCUGGACUGCACCUUCAUGAUCUUCGCCCCCAAGAUGUCUGAGAUCGUGGUGGAGUUCGACAGCUUCGACAUGGAGCCUGACACCACGCCGCCGCCUGGCGCCCUCUGCCGGUACGACUGGCUGGAGAUCUGGGACGGAUUUCCUGCAGUGGGUCCGCACAUCGGCCGAUACUGUGGCCAGACGUCCCCGGGCCGUGUGAUCUCCUACACCGGCAUCCUGUCCAUGACCAUCACCACCGACAACGCCAUCGCCAGGGAGGGCUUCUCCGCCAACUACACCAUCCGUGAGAGGAGCCUCCCCCCAGGAAAUGAAGACGAGGAAUUCGCUUGUAUGGAGUCACUGGGAAUGGAGUCAGGAGAAAUUUCCUCAGACCAGAUCACCGCCUCCUCCCAGUACAACUCCAACUGGUCUCCCGAACGAUCACGUCUCAACUACCAGGAGAACGGCUGGACGCCCUCGGACGACACCGUCAGGGAGUGGAUACAGGUGGAUCUGGGAUUUCUUCGGUUCAUCACCGCCGUCGGGACGCAGGGAGCGAUCUCCAAAGAGACCAAGAAGCACUACUACGUCCGUUCUUACAAAGUGGACUUGAGCUCCACUGGAGAGGACUGGGUCACCAUAAAAGAUGGCUCAAAGCAGAAGAUCUUUCAGGGGAACGACAACCCGACAGAUGAGGUCCGUGCCUACCUUCCCAAACAGACUCUGGCUCGUUACAUCCGAAUCCGGCCCAUGACCUGGGAGCAAGGCAUCUGUAUGCGCUUUGAGAUCUACGGCUGCAGAACAUCAGACUAUCCAUGUGCAGGGAUGUUGGGGAUGGUGUCAGGUCAGAUCUCAGAUGCUCAGAUCAGUGCCUCGUCGUAUGCAGACCGCGGCUGGGUUGCUGAAAACGCCCGAUUGUUGACAGGGAGAUCAGGCUGGACCGGGCAGCAGACGAAGCAGCCCUUCAGGAAUGAGUGGCUCCAGGUGGACCUGGGCCAGGACAAGUUGGUGAGCGGCGUGGUGAUCCAAGGAGGGAAACACCGCGACAGGAACGUCUUCAUGAAGAGGUUUAGGGUGGGCCACAGUCUGGAUGGAGAAACGUGGACCAUCAUUAAGGAGGACAACACCACCAGGCCUAAGAUAUUUGCUGGUAACCAGAACCACGACACCCCAGAGCUGAGGUCUGUAAGUUCCCUCCUGACCCGCUUCGUCCGGAUCUACCCGGAGAGAGCGACGACUGAGGGCCUGGGCCUGCGACUGGAGCUGCUGGGCUGUGAACUGGACGACAUUACAACUACAGCUCCCCCCACCACGGCCAUCGCCUCCACACUUCCCAUGACCACGUUUGGAGCGACCACCACAGCGCCCAUCACCAUUCCUGGAACCACCCCGAUUACAGAGUGUGAGGACGGACACCCGGACUGUGUGGUGAAGACAGAGGCCCCCGAUGACUACGAAGCAGAGACAGCAGGAAGCACUGCAGCGCCCGACCCCAUCCUGGACUUCAUACCAGCGUACGUUUGGUUCGCCUGCGACUUCGACUUCCAGUCGUUCUGCGGCUGGACCCGAGAGACGGGUAUGGGGGCUGAGUGGCUCAUCCAGACCAACGGGGCCCCCACCAUCCACAGGGGACCCACCCUCGACCACACAGGCGGACCGGGGAACUUCAUCUACAUGCAGCUGGGCGACCCAGACUCGCCGAGUAAAACAGGAGAAGACGACGAUGAAAUGGAGAAGGUGGCCAGCCUGGCCAGCCUGCCCAUCACGGCUCCAGACGCCGACUUGUGCAUGUCCUUCUGGUAUCACAUGUUCGGGGAGCACGCUGGAGCGCUGCACAUCAAGCAGAGGAGGGAGGGGGAAGGGGGGCAGAUCCUGUGGAUGGUCAGCGGGCAUCAGGGCAGCAGGUGGAGGGAGGGGAGAGUGAUACUGCCACACUCCAGCGUCUCAUAUCAGGUGGUUGUGGAAGGUGUUGCAGACAGACGCAGUGCAGGUCACAUAGCUGUGGACAACAUCCAGAUCCUGGAUGGACUCAGUCCAGAGGACUGCAAAGAUCCAGAAGCUCCUACGUCUCCUCCGACUGAGAUUUUCAUCCUACCGAUGGAUUCCCUCCCACGUGAGAACAGCGACCUCGGCGGUCCGGGUAACAUGCUGAAGACCCUGGACCCCAUCCUCAUCACCAUCAUCGCCAUGUCAGCGCUGGGCGUCUUCCUGGGCGCCAUCUGCGGCGUGGUCCUGUACUGCGCCUGCUCGCAGGGCAGCAUGACGGACAGGAACUUAUCUGCCCUGGAGAACUAUAACUUUGAGCUGGUGGACGGAGUGAAGCUAAAGAAGGACAAGAUGAACGGACAGACUAACUACUCAGAGGCGUGAGGGCGGAGGCGGACACACGGAGCUGCGAUGGCUCCGCAUGGACACGUGACGCAGCCAAUCAAAUGGGGAGGAACACAGGGCUGAAGCCACCGAUGGGACGGACGGCAGGGUGGGCUGAUAGUGAGCCAAUGUCAUUUUUUUUCUCAGGAGCGGCAGUGAAAAGGACUGACCUGCAGGGGGCACUGUGUAUAAAGAAUCUGUACAGCAAAAAAAGAGAAGAAGAAGAAGAAGUAGAAGAAGAAGAAGAAGAAGAAGAAGAAAACUAAGGAUUCUAUUUGUUUUCGGUGUGCUUUGUUGAUUUUAUGUAAUCACAUGCUGGUGUUGAGACCAAUUCAGAUGAAAGUAUCGUUUGUGAACUUUAACAGAAAGAACAGAUUUGUUUAUUUGUUUGUUUUUGUUGUUUUUGUCUGUUUUACAGAUGUCAUAGUUUUCAUAGAAAGAGAAAGAGAGAGAGAACAGAGGUUGUGAAAAUCGCUAUUCUGAUAUCUGGCUCUUUAGCUGGCCACAUGUCCCUGUGAGUGUGUAUGUGGAAGUGUGUGUGUGUGUACAGGUGUCACAUCCAUAUACAUCUGCAUUCAAGGUGUGUAUGUAUCAUUCAGUCCGGCUGUAGGCGCAUGUGUGUGUGUGUGUGUGUGUGUGUGUGUGUGUGUGUGUGUGUGUGUGGGUUUGUGUUACAGGUGUGAUAAUAUGUGUAUAAGAAGUGCAAGCAUCUUUCUUUCAACGUGUGUGUGUUACAGGUGUGUGUGUGUGCGUGUGCGCGUGUGUGAAGGCGGGUACCAUCGUGACCUGUGUCUAGUUCCGACAGUGCCUUUGUUUUCUCCGACUUUUCUGUUGCCUUCUUUUCUCAUCGGCAGGUGUUUCGUCCAGGGUUCCUACACACACACACACACACACACACACACACACACACACACACAAACACACACACACACACACACACACACACACACACACACACACAUACACACACACGAGGAAAAGUCUUGCGAGUCUUUUCUGCACUUUUCCCGAAGCUAAAUUUCUUGUGAGCUUGUCGAGUAUCGUGUCAAAUAUCAGAUGUGUUGCUUUGGAUGUGAAGAUCCUCAUGCCUUCAUGACAUUUGUACUGACUGACUUCAAAUCCUUACUGAGCAGAGAACAUGUUUUUAGAAAGCUCUGGAAAAACUACGGCAUUUCAGAAUGUGUAGGAGCCCUGAACGCCUCCUUUUCAUGGCACAUGACACAUCCAACAUAUUGUACAUAGGUUUUAAUAUAUUUGAGCGCCCUUUUCUAUAUAAUGAAAGACACCAGUGCGGCAGUAUCCUUUCUAUGUUUGCCCCAGACUCCAAAGUUCAGAUCUGUACAGGAAGUGAGAUUCAACCAACAGGCAGCCAUGUUUGUGCUGCUUUUUCUACGUGAUCCGGUCGCCAUGUUGUCAAUUAUAUCAUUUGGCUUCUGUUUGUGCUCCGGGGACAGGAAGGAGUUUUCCAGAGAGUUUGGAGAAUUGCAUCAUGGGAAGUGGAUUUUUUUGUACAGGGUAAAACAGACAACCUCAGCAGCAGUCAAACGUCACGUCUCCUCAAAGGAUGGAUCGUCACUGGCACACGAUUGACUGUGAAACCUGUGAGGGUGUCCAGCAGCUUGAAGGACUUCAGGUGUCAGAGAGGCUACACCUGUUCCUCUUUGGAUCCGUUAUGGAGCUGGACAGGCUCUGCUUGAAGACUUAACGACACUGCUGUACUCACUGUCAGUGUCUGACAUGCGGACGACGGAAUCUUUUAUGGAGCAUUGAAACCUCGACAGGUGACUUAUUGAAGCUCAGUCCAGCUCUUGCCUCACAUGUUAUUUCCUCUAAGAUACAAAAAAGGCUUGUGUUUUUAUUUUUUUAACUAUGAAACCUUAAUUGGAUUUUAGAAAAGGGUCAUUUUCAGGUGUUGUUGCAUUUUAUCCCAGAUUUAAAAUCACUCUCUCACUCACAAACUGGCUGGUUCCUUUUGUUAUUCUGGUUGAAGCUGAAAAACAAGCCUUAUAAAUAAUGUACUUAUUGUUCUGCUUUUGUAGCUAAAUGUGUUGUGAUUCUGGUCACUUGUUCUUAGCACUGUAAAGGUCGGAGGGUUGAGUCUGUGUACUCGUAGGUUUCAUUGAACAUCGCCGUCAACCUUCAUACUAAUGUUUUACGCUCAGUCUAGUAAAGGCAAGAGAUUUCUUCACUGAAUGUUCUUCACUGGCUGUAUAUAAAGAUGGAUGAUCCUCCAGUUGUACAAAAGUGAUGCCAAAAUACCCCCUGUGACAUCUGCGAGUGGAGCUAAAGCAUUGACGACCCAAACACUUGAUUAACCUUCGAUAAAACAAAAGAUCCCUCAUUAGUCAACAGAGCUAUCAAUCAUUUCAUUACAGAUGCAAAUAACUAAUUUAAAUGAAUUUCUCUUAAAGUUGUGUAUUUUAAUUUUCUGGUUUGACCUUUGAAGACAACUUGUAUAACUAUACUGCUGCCAGCCACUAGGGGGAGCUCUUAAUCUUUUGGUACAUGAGGCGUGCACUUAAAUCAAGCAGCAACCUCCGGCCACGAUAUUUGAAGCCAAUGCGGAAGCGUUAAAAACUGCAGUUCCUCGAGUGUCCACUUGAGGCUGGCCCCAAAAGUACUGGAAACCACAUACACACCCAUUCAAAAAAGCUGAUCCUUACAGCAGAUAUAAACAUGCUUACAGCCUGGUUCAAAAAAUGUGUUUCAUCUGAAUAGCUAAUUUCUCUAUCGAGGAGUUACAUUUUUCAUUACACAGCAGUUUCAAAGAUAUUAAGAUUACGAGUUUUUCUUUAGAAGAGGCAUAACUGACUUGACUAACAGGCGGAAACACUGUAGCUGUUAGCGAAGAGACUCAAAGCCCGCCUCUUUACCUCAUACUAGCUCGGCAGCAGCCAGGUUGAGGCAUGAAGCCAAUGCUAAAAAGCUGAAAACUGCAGUUCCUCAAGUGUCCACUAGAGGCUGGGUCCAAAAGCAUCAGAAACCUCAUACACACUAAUUCAAAAAAGCAGAUCUUUGCAGCAGAAAUAAACAUGUUUACAGCCUGGUACAAAAAAAUAGACAGAUCUGAAAGGCUAAUUUUUCUUUCAGCACACACUUUUUUAUAACUCGUUAUUUUUGAAGGUAUUAAACUUAAAAAGUUAAAAAAGUUUCGCCCAAAUAAGGGCAUGGCUGACUUGACUCACAGGCGGGCACCCUGUAGUUGUUAGGGAAAAGGCAAAAGGCCCGCCUCUUUAACUCACACUCGCUCCACAGAAGUUAGGUUGAGUUCAGCAUUUCCAAUAUGGCUGCCACCAACGAUUGGCUUCAAAACAGAUGGGUGACGUCACUGAUACUAUGUCCAUUUAUUAUACAGUCAGGACUUAAACCUCAAGGCCAGUCAUCCAUCUUUUUAUACAGUCUGUUGUUGCAACCUGAGGAACAAGUCACGCAUUUCUGGGCUACAAGGUUCUGGACAUGCAUCGCAAAAAGGACGUAUGUCUGUUUUUGUUUUUCUAAAGUAACAUAUGCUGACCUAUGCUUAAAAACACAAUAUACAACCACAGCGAUGACAGCAAAGAGGAUGCCUUUUGUUGCGUGUCAGGGGUUUAAAUGGAAACAUCAAAUUUGGGACGGGAACAUACCAGUUUAGAUUUCAAUAUCAGUCUGUGUAUUUAUGUUUCAGACAUUUUUAGACGUAUCCCAGACAGGCCUAAGAAAAUUGUGUUUCCUGUUGCUGCAUGUGUCACUCAAGGUUCUUCUUUAAGCUGGGAGAGUACCUAGUCUGAAGCUGGAGCUAAAAAAAAAACUCUCUUCCCUAUUCUUGCAGAGCAGACGUGGAUAAAAGAGGAAAGGUCCUGUCAAUGUUUGUAGAACAAAAGGAAUUUUCAGUGCUGUAAGAUAAAUUUGCCCUUUUUUCACGUAGCACUCUGUGGCAUCAAUCAGUUUUUAAAAAGAAUGUGAGGCCCUUUCCCAAUCUGAUCUUAAUCUGGUUUCUGUUCUAAUUUAGAGAACAUCUCGAUCACAAUCAAAGUGCUCCGCUUGUUGAGAUGUUCCUCUAAGCUCUUUAAUAAUCAUGUUUUCGUGUGACCACACACAGUUAUGGGUUCCUAAAUGUACCCUCAGUCCGACAGAAUGUGUCCCUCGUGUUUCAGACUGACGUGGACGAAGCUCCGCCCCCUUUAAACAUGAAAGGAUGCUGCAGCACUCGAUGUGAAAACAAAUGUUGCACUGAUAUAUUUAAAAAAAAUCUGUGUUUAUGAUGUUGAUUUAUGAAAAGAGGGGAAGACGAAGGGCGAGGAGGACAGUGUUAUCGUUGCUUCUUUUUAACACAGUUUCAGAUAACAAUGUUAUAAUUCUGAAAAGUACAAUUUACAGAGAUGUUUUUCAUUCUUGAAAAAGCUUAUAUGCGUCUCUUUGAAGCGUAACAACUUUAUUUACUUGGUAUGAUAUCACCUUGUGUUUUUUGUCACUGAUGUAUGUGCCAUUGAUUUAUUUUUGUUUUCUUUGUAUGAAAAGACAAAUGUUUUAUUUUCAGUACUGCUUCUGUAAUUUUUGCUGUCUCAGAUCUAGAAAAAAAAAACGAGAAAGGAAAUAAGGACGUAAAAAAAUGGACAAGCAGUGAGGCCUUAAGUGACUACAAGUAUUGUUUGUACUUUGACUUUCUGGUCAGCACCCAGACUCAUCCGUCUCUGUUGUCUCAGACUCUGAUCAUUGACUAUUACAUUCCAAAGAAUUGGAUCAAAUAAAUGUUUUAAGUAAAAGCU